AAAAGUGCGUUUUUUCUCAGCAAGCCCCAACCAGUCAGCCCGGUGCCUCCUCCCUCCGCUCACGCUCUCCCUCCCACCGCUCCCCAGGGACAUCCGAGGAGCUCUGCGAGGUGCAGUGGGGCCAGGAGGGAGCCAGCCUCAACCUCUACCCCAACGGGUGGGCAGCGGGGGCGGCCGGGGGCUCGGCUCCACGCGGGGCUCCGAACAUCGCCUUCGCCACUCGAGCAGCGGGAUGGGGUCCCCGCACUGGAAGCGUCUCUGCCUCUUGCUGCUGGCGGCUUUUUCAUCCUCCCUCGUCCUCUACGGGCACUACUACGCCACAGUGGAGCUGCCCGCUGGUCAGAGAAUCAUAGCCAGCCUGCUGCAGCCAGAGCCGCUGCUCCUGGCUCCGUCGGGGACCUCGCACCCAGCCGGCAGCCACAGGGCCCUCCGAGACAGCUUGGAGAGGGAGUCCUUCAAACCUUCCUCGCAGCCAGAGGAGCGCAACCGGAGGCAGCCCAGCCCCUGCCCCCGCUCGGUGGUGGAGGCAGCCAGGGCGCACCCCGCCUUUGGGGAGCUCUUCCAGUUUGCCACCCCGGUGCUGAUGUGGGACCAGCACUUCAACCCCGAGACCUGGAACAGGCUGAAGGAGCGACACGUCCCCUAUGGCUGGCAAGGCUUGUCCCACGCAGCCAUCAGCAGCACCCUCCGACUCCUCAACGCCUCGGCCAACAGGCAGCUCUUCGACCGGCGCCGCUUCCCGGGGGGCUGCGUGCGCUGCGCCGUGGUGGGCAACGGCGGCAUCCUCAACGGCUCGCGGCAGGGCGAGGCGAUCGAUGCGCACGACCUGGUGUUCAGGCUCAACGGUGCCGUGAUCAGGGGCUUCGAGGAGGACGUCGGGACCAAGAUCUCCUUCUACGGGUUCACGGUGAACACCAUGAAGAACUCGCUCAUUGCCUACGAGGAGUACGGCUUCACCCGGAUACCCCAAGCCGAGGACCUGAAGUACAUCUUCAUCCCCUCGGACGUGCGGGACUACAUCAUGCUGAGGUCGGCCAUCCAGGGCAGCCCGGUCCCCGAGGGCUCGGACAAGGGUGACGAUCCACGGAAAUAUUUUGGACCGGAGGUGUCCGCGGAGAAGUUCAAGCUGCUGCACCCGGAUUUCCUACACUACCUCACAACCAGGUUCCUGCGCUCGGAGCUGCUCAACAUGCAGUACGGCCACCUCUACAUGCCCAGCACCGGCGCCCUGAUGCUCCUGACAGCCCUCCACACCUGUGACCAGGUCAGCGCCUACGGGUUCAUCACGGGCAACUACGAGCAGUUCUCGGACCACUACUACGAGGUGGAGAAGAAACCCCUGGUGUUUUAUGCCAACCACGACAUGCUGCUGGAAGCGGAGCUGUGGAGGAGCUUGCACCAGGCGGGCAUCAUGGAGCUGUACCAGCGCUGAGGCCGGGCACCGGCCCGACGGGGUGACCCCGAGGCGUCCCCGCGCAGCGUGGAGGGGCUCUCCUCCUUCCCGAGGUCCCCGUCCGUCCCCGCAGGGCUCUCCCGACGCGGCGGGCCAGCCCGAGGAGCGGGCAAGCUGGCAGCAGAGCCGUGGGGAUGGUGCUAACGGGAGAGCCCACGGUUCCUCAGGGAUCUCCAGCAACUCCUUCAUGGCGCCGUGAGACCGAGCGCGGGCUUCGGGGCACCGAAAAGCGCCGCUGAGCGUGGCUGGCACCUCCCCGUGCCACCAAGGUGUCCCUUGGGGUGGCAGCAGGCCCUGGGAAACACGGUGCUGGUCUGCAGCUGGGGCAAGGGGAUGCUGGAAGAGGAUGCUGAUGAAGUGUACAUCGACCACCUUUGUUCCUUUCAAUUUUUUUGAGUUUUCUGGAGAUUCAAUGCCUUUUCUGCCUGCAGUUUCCAGCUGGAAAACCCCCUUCACUCCGCCAGCACGCCCCAGCCCAAACGCUCGGCACUGGGGCAGGACAAGUGGGAGGAAUCCUUGGCCUGGGGACGAGAUGGUCUGAAUGAAAGAGUGGUGCUGUGCUCGGACACCUCCUCUCCCGGAUUAUUUAACGCCUCAACGUCGGGCAGCUCUGGGCUGACAGCCUUAGCUGCCCUCUCUUGUGACAAAACCUAUAAUGCAUGGUGUCAGAAGCUUUUUUUUUUUUUUUCCAAGGCUAAGCUAUUUAAAAAGGAGAAAAAAUCCUACGAGUGAACUAAAAACCCUGGGUGACCCAAUGGUGCCGUGGGAGAUGUGUGCGGGCUCCUGAGGCUCGGGCUGGCUGGAGGGUUGGUGUUGCACAGCGGGGGGAGUGCUGUGCCCUGAAACUUUCCCUAUUUUGUACAAUUACAGGAACUUUUUGUAACUUUCC